ACUCUAAGUGCGACAGCCAUCAUGACACCUCUGUCUGCAUUCCCUCUUCCUCUGCUGCUGGAUCACCCUCCCUCCGGAUAUGGUUGGGAAGAGCGUAGUGUGUCGAUUUUGUCGACAUCAUCUGCAUGCGACGUCAGAAUAGAUGAACGGGAUAGGUUUCUUGGGCGGGCUUGCUGUGUCAUCUGUGGAUUGAGAGGAGGAUACUUGCUUCAACAUUGCUAUAUUGUGGGGCAGUCAGAAAGAGAUUUUUGGUUGGAACUCAAGGCCCGCAGAUGGAUCCCUCCGCAGGCCAACCAAUAUCCACGACAUGAACCGCGUAAUGGCCUGCUUAUGUGUCCUAACCAUCGUCUCUCUUUUGAAAACUAUGGUUUCUUUAUUCGGUUUUAUCCCAAUAUUCGCAAGUUUGUGUUCGUUAACUACUCUGGCAGUGACUAUCUUCAACAGUUCCAUGGUAAAACGAUCGCGCUCGAUACCAGCGAUCGUUACGCGCCUUUCCCUUCCCUAUUCAUCAUCCACGAGAUGCGUGUUCGUGGGUUCCAUCCCUUUAACCCUGUUAGUCCAGACAUGUCCAACGAUCCACCUUGGCAAGACUGGAUCUUGUCGGACGGCGUGUUGAAGGACGAUAUAUCCAACGACGCAGCAAACUUUUUCAAUCGAGAGGGUCCUCCCCACGGCAAUGACAACAGUGUAUCUAGCCAGACGCAACUGCAGUUUCAACCUAUGGCGGCGAACACAGGUGGUACGUCAUCGGGCAGACACACGCUAGCAUUGAACGAAAAUGUCAUUGCGGACAUUCUUGCGGCGACGCGGGCCUUGCCAUCGUGGAGGGCCUGCGAGAUGGAGGGGACAGACUGGAGUGGCACAGCAGCUGAAAAUAUAGAAAAAUAUGUCUCUACUUUUGAUGUCCAACCAAAAGAAGAAGAAGAAGAAAAAAAAUAGCUGCUCGCCAUAAUGCUGAGACUUGUUUUUUUUGGAAUGUGAAAGGCCAUUGCUGAAGUAGAAAGCAAAGUUUGUAAUGACACAGAAGUACCAAUGUGCAACAGUACUACUACUAGUAUUUU